CUUAAAAUACCAAUAUGUAAAUCAAAUCUCAAUGGAGUUUGUUCUUUGCCUUCCAUUUUCUCGCUGUAGAUUCUGCAGUGCCCAGUCGACGAUUGUUGGUUUUUUGAGGUCGAAGGUUAGCUCUUGUUAAAUUUGAUAUCAGGUUACAGUGUGCGAAUUAUUGCCAUCUCAUUACAAUUUUUCUUCAGUUUUUUGGCUGAAAUUUUGGCUUACAGAGUGUGUUCUGGGUGUUGUCGAACUUGCCUUGGAUUUUUAGAUUGAGUUUUAUGCAAAAAAUUGCCUUAAUUUCUGACGGCAGAAGCGAUCUGGCAAACAAAAUUUGGAAGAUCUAAAUUAGUACGCAAGCAAAGAGGGAAAAUACUUUAGCUGUUACAAUGAAAUUCGGUAAAAAUCUUCAGAGGCUGAUUGAAGAAGCGUUGCCAGAAUGGCGGGACAAAUUUAUUGCAUACAAACGUCUAAAGAAGCUUUUGAAAGUUAUAGCUCCCAAAGCCCAAGACGAAGGGAUCUCUCAAGUGCCACGCAAGCGGCAAAGGAUCGAAACACAGGGAGAGAGUCAUUCUUCCACCAGUCGGAGCAGUGAUGGUUUAGAUCUCACAUUUUUGAAGUACAAAUUGACCGCCGAGGAGGUCGAUUUCAUCCAGCUGCUCUACCCUGAGCUUGAAAAGUUCAAUCAUUUUUUCAUGGAAAAGGAAGAGGAAUACAUCAUUCACCAAAAGGAGUUGCAGGAUAGAAUAGAGAGGGUGAAAGACACAUACGGUUUAUCACCGGCCAAAUUCAGGCAGGAGAUGAUGAGUGUGCGCAAGGACUUUGUAAAUUUCCAUGGGGAAAUGGUGCUUUUGGAAAAUUAUAGCGUUUUGAAUUACACAGGGCUGGUGAAAAUAUUAAAGAAGUACGACAAAAGAAGGGGAGGAAUACUCCGUCUGGCUUUCAUUGAGAAGGUGUUAGAGCAGCCAUUUUUUGCGAUGGAGGUUCUGUUCAAACUUGUGAAGGAAUGCGAGGAAACCCUUGAGCAGUUGUUUGCAAGGGAGGAAGAAGGUAGAAUGUUGGGAGAAGAAGAGGAAGCGACGGUUUAUGUGUAUGAGAGGGGACACGAGGAGGAAAUGCAUAGAAGCACAAUGGCCGCCCUCCGCAGUAUGCGAGAAAUGCGCAAGGGCAGUUCUACUUUUACCGCUCUCUCCCUCCCUCCCCUACAGAAACACAAUAAUUACCCUUCUCCUCCCAUUCCCACUUGAUUUCUUCUCUUCGCCCCUACUAACCAAACUAACUCCCUUUCUUUUGCUUUUGCUACACCUGCUUUUUUGAGUGUUUUCUAUUUUGAAUAUGAAAAUAAAAUGAAAUUUGUAAUA